AUGGAUCUGGAGUCACUGCUGAAUUUUGCUGGUGAUGUUCUUCGUGAACCACAAAGGAGUAAGUUUUGUUCCUUGCUUCAUGAUGUGGGUGCUGCCAACUUCCCUCUGGUCGUGGACGGCCAAUCCAUCAUUGCUGGUGAGGUCAUUAGCUACGGUGUUUUCCCCUUUGUUGUUGGGCAAGGCUUUGUCGAUGUAUCGAAUCAGCAAGAUCGUGUGACUGUCAGUUUUCCGGACUUGGGCAAAAAGUCUAUGACCCUUCGGGAGGGCCUCCAAAUCAUGUGCUCCGGCUUGGCUACCAGUGUUGAGAACAAGAAGUUCAUCUUUGACUUGACAGCCUCCUUACACUAUCGGCCUGAAUUUGACUUCUCGUGGGAUGUGACACAUUUUCAGGUAAUUGUGGAUUGUGAUGAGUUGGCACUGGGCGUGUGCAAGAAGAACCAUGAUUUUGUCAUUUACAAGGGCCUUUUCAACCUGACAUGGUGUGGGAUCCGAGCGCCAAGAUUGCUGCACUGA